AUGCAGGCUAUAUUUAAGAGAAAGAAGAUUGCAAAAUUUAAUUUCCGUAUCACUGUUCAGCACUUGAUGAAGCUGCCAAAGAGUGGUAUUAUAUUGUAUAUAACAUGGAAACGAGGAAAGAAACACAAAGGAGAAACGAAAAAGGCCUUUGUAAAAGAUAAAACGGCUGUUUGGGAAGAGGAAAUUCAAUUCAAAGGAACACUGUUUAAAAAUUCAAAAGGAAAAUAUAAGAAAAAGUUUUUAGAAUUGUACAUACAUGAAGUAGUCCGAGACAAGAAGAAGGGAGAAAUAGGACACAUAUCCAUUAAUUUAGCAGAUUUUUCUUCUCUGCAGAUGGAGCCUCACUCCGAGAUUAGAACAUUUACUGUUCCGCUAUGGGGAGGAUCGUCCAACGGGGAGUUGAAAGUCAAGAUUGAAAGCGAGCCUAGAUUAAAAUCUGGUGCUGAUGAUCUCACAAGUUUAAGUGAAAACACCACAAUGACCGACGCAACCGAAGACAGUGAAUAUGAUAACACAAAGAGAAAAGGCUUUAGGUCAAGCAAAUUCAACAAGACUGGUGACGACGAUGAGUACAACGAGGAUGAUGAUCAUUUCGGAGAGACUUAUGACGAUGAUGAAGAAUUUGGAGAGCAAAAUUUUGAUGAAGAUCAUUAUCAUGAUGACGAUUUACGAAGCGGAGGAAGCAACCAAAGUCAAAACCAUUAUGAUGACGCUGAAAUUCCAAGUUCACAGCAGUCAAAGAAAUCAUCGGUCAAACAAAGCCAUGAUUCUCUGGAUGAUCUGGAUGAUGAGGUUAGUGGAAGGUCCUCUUCCAAUGUAAAGGAAGACUCUGAAGAUGAGCAACCAGUGAAAAAACCGGUGAUCAAAUCUUUGGCUGGUAUAAGUGCAGCAGAAAGAAGAAAUGCUCUUAACAAGAAUAAUAACAGAAAAAAGCAAAAUUUGAGUUUAACAAGUGAGGUGGAUUCAGAUGCUUUCUUGAAAAAUCUUGAAAAAACUAAUCAGACAAUCCAAGAGCGAACAAAGCGAAACGAGAAAAUCAACAGUGGACUUAAUGUCACAUCUCCAAGAAAUACAAUGUCCGAGGAGAGCAUGACUGGAGAUGAACACUCCAGUGGUGAUGAAGCACGAUUGGCUGAGGUUCAAAAACAGAUCAAACAAGAACAGCUUGAGAAGAAAGCAAUGCAAGAAAAACUCGAAAGAUUACAGAGAGAAGCCAAUGAAAGAGCUCUUAUCGACUAUGUUAUUAUCAACAAAUCGCCGCAGUUUGAGAAAGAAAUUGCUGUUUCUGCUCCAAUUCUUUACAAAUGCCUAAAACAUUGGGAUAGCUUCACUCCUGCAAAUAAUCAAGUUCUUUCGAAGAUAACUAAGGCCCUUCAACAAGUUGUCCAAAAGAACGAAAACAACCAAACCAAUCAAUGUUAUUGGUUAUCUGUGAUACUCUCCCUAUUAACACUCCUACAAACAGAUUUUCCUGUUUCUAGAUCUCAAGAGCACGGUAUUCAAAUUGAUUUACUCAAGCGAGUAGAGUCUUCAGCUAUCAACGCAGGCAAAGGUGUUAUGGAUGACGUGUUACCACCGAAAGAAAACGUAAUGGAUGUAAAGGAAAUGUUACAAACAGUUUAUCAAGUACUCGAUACAGAUAAGCAACACAAAAACACUUUAAUUAUUAAUUUCGGAGAUUCUACAACAAAUGAGGAUGAUUUUUCUUUCGACAGCCCAGUUUCUCAAUUCAAAAACGAGUUGUUAACAUUAGUGAACAAGAUAUUCAUUCAAUAUUACCAAGAUGUGAUACGCCAACUGUUGCCUUUCUUAUUCGAAGCACUAUUUGGAAAACAUGGCCAAAUGUCACAAACUUCAAGUCCUAUGAAAAUCGUGAAAUUAUUUGAAAAUUUUUACAAACUCUUCCAAGACAAUUACAUCUCCAAGACAUUUACCGAACAAUUCUUUGCACAUGUAUUUUACUUCAUUAAUUGCUUUGGAUUCAACGCUAUUUUAUCCGGAUCAAGAAGAUAUUGUAAUAUGGGCUCUGCAAUCAUGUUAAAGAUGUGCGUUUCACAGCUUGAACAAUGGGCUGAUGAGAAAAAGUUUGGACUUGGCUCUACGAAGAGCAUUAAGCGAGGACUCCUCCCAAUCGUUGGACUUGUAUAUUUGAGACAAAGCUCAGAUGUAAUGAUCAUGAAUAAGGCGUCACUUGUUGAUGCAACCACACGACAAGAAGUAUGUCCUGUGUUGUCUGCCACUCAAUUAAGAAAGGUUUUAGAAAGCUAUCAAAAGGACGAUUUCGAUCCUGACGUCGUUCCUCAGGCCGUUCUCAAAUCUCUGCCAGCAGUUGACAAGAACAAACCUGCCAAAUAUUUACUCGAUUCUACGGCCAUCUUUAAGCCCGAUUUAGAAAACCUCUCGCAAGAUUCAUCCUCUCUGAACAUUAUGAGCGACAGCAUUUUCCAAAACAAGGUUCCUAAAGAGCUACGAGAAGAGGAAGACUUUGCUUUUCUGUUGCAAUAG